GGUGCGUGUAAUUCGUUGAAAUAUAAACUGUACAUAACAAAGGAUUGUGAAAUAGACAAAUAAUAGGAUAUUUUCUUUCAUAAAUACUGAUUAUCCACAUAAAUUGUAUCUACGUCUAUCCCCAAAAGUGUGGCGGUGAAAUAUGAAGACGAAGUAAUAUUUGAAGUUGUAUUCACAAUGUACAAUUUUUAUGUAUGAAAAUCAAUGAUGAUUUCAGACUGAUUAUCCUAAAGCCAUCACAUUAACUGCGACAACAUCGCCAUCAGAAAUUGUAUUGACGUCUAUCUCGAAAAUUGUGAGGCGGAGAAGUAUCAAGACGAAGUUAUAUGCAAGGUGUAUUCAUAUUGUACAAUUUUAUAUAUGAUAUUAAAAUCAAUGAUGAUUCCAGACUGUUUAUCUUAAGACAUCACAUUAAUUGCGACAACAUCGCCAUCAGACACAUAUUACAAAUUACAACCCAAUUCCGGUGUGAUAAUGAAGAUAUACUUCUGUGGAAGUAUUCAGGGUGGUAGACAAGACGCUGAUUUGUACGCUACUAUAAUUGGUGAAUUAAAAUCUGAGUAUGGUGAAGUGUUGACGGAAUUCGUUGGAUCACCAACAAGUGAACAAGAUGAAAUCGAAUUGGGGAGUAAAGAAGUACAUCAGUUGUGUUUGACCAAAUUAAAAAGUGCCGACGUUUUAAUUGCAGAAGUAACACAGCCAUCCCUUGGUGUUGGUUAUGAGAUCGGGAGAGCAGUUGGAAUGGAUAAGAAAAUACUGUGCCUUUUCCGACCAAACUCAGGAAGAAAGCUGUCCAGUAUGAUAGCAGGUCUGCAUGAUGGCCAUAAAGUAACGGUAAAAAACUAUGACGGACAAGACUUUAAAGACAUUUUAAAAGUCUUCUUUACAAUGUCAUGAUACACCAUAAAUGCCAGCCACAUUUAAAGGAUAGAAGUUAGAUAUUUUCAUUCAAUUUGAAAUUGGUUUGAAAAUGACUACAGCAAAAUAAAUACUAUGGGCUUAUGUUUUGUUUCAAUGCAAAGCAGUUGCUGCUCACUUAUAUGAAAUAGUGGGGGAGGGGUGGAUAUUGGACAAUACGUAUUUUGGUAUAUGUUACAUCCUGUACGUUAUAUCAACAAAUACAUUUGUGCAGUAUAUUUACUCGAUUAACUUAUUUUGUUAUGUAACUUUUUUACUUUUUCUUCAACAUUGUAUUCAUCAUUUAAUGAAUAGAGAUACCUGUUUUGAUUUUAUAUCCGAACGCAUAUGAUGUAAUAUUACUAUUAUUUGAUUGCGCAUUCGUAAUAUAUAGUGUUGGCACUUUUACCAAUGCUAAAUUACUAAAAUAUGCAUGUACAUGUACACUGUGUUUUGCAUGAUUUUAUGCCUUUCAUGCUCUUUGUGGGCCCUGUAAUUUAAGAAAUAAAAAUAGUCUAUUCUAUUCCA